AUGUCUGAGCAAAUCGAAAAGGCUUACCAAAAACAACCUGGAAUUUUCGUUAAUGCAAAAGCCAUCGGCAAAAAGGCCAAGACCAAGAAUCAACGCUGGUACAAAGAUGUCGGUCUCGGUUUCAAGACACCAAAAGAGGCUAUCGAGGGACAUUAUAUAGAUAAAAAAUGCCCUUGGACUGGCAUGGUAUCUAUACGUGGUCGUAUCUUGACCGGCGUAGUUAUGUCCACCAAAAUGAAAAGGACUGUGAUUGUUCGUCGUGAAUAUUUACAUUAUAUCACGAAGUACAACCGUUAUGAAAAACGUCACAAGAAUUUGGCGGCUCAUUUAUCACCGGCGUUCAUUGGGGUUCAGCCCGGCGAUACGGUGACCGUAGGACAAUGCCGGGUGACGGCCUACCAAGCCCCAUGUAUUCAACUAACCCCAAAAAAACUUUGUAUAAAUAUUAGACCUCUUUCCAAGACUGUUCGUUUUAACGUCCUUAAGGUUCAGAAGCAGAUACAAAAGGGAUCAAAGCAAUUUGCAAAGUUUUAA